AACCCCCAAGUGGUCCCUAGAAAAAUCUGAGGUCUCCCAAUGAUUACAAAAAUUCUUUUACACAAAAGUACUGUAAUUUCCUCUGACUUCUCUCUAAUUUUUUGCCUUUUUGACCCCUUCAGGCCUCUAAAAAUCCUGUAAAAGAAGCAAUCUAAGAAAGAUUGUCUGGCUGAUCUGCUCACCGUUUGUGUUCAUAACCUGUAAUGAGGUGUCAUUUUGCCUUAUUUUGAAGGGUCAAAAGCCAAACGGGAUGGGAACCAUUGCUUUAAAAUGAAUGAUUUUGUCAUUGUAGGGCGUUUCAGCACUCUGGCGAUGCGACACGAACACAUUUAUCCAAGAGAAAUGAAUGUUCGGACACCCUGUGGUGAUGCUAUCUGUGGAUGUGACCGAUGAGGACGCCAAGAGAAAGGACAAGGAUGUUUUCUUAAAAAGCCAUAUUUUUUAAUCUGUGCUGCAGGAACUAUGGGUUACUUAUCUUUUUGUUGUUGCAUCUCCUUGUGACAAAAGUUUUGUCAUGUUUUAAUAAGCCUCAAAUAUUUAAAAAGCCUUGUUUAAAAGACAAUCCACCAUGUUUAAACGGUGGCUGCUAGCCCUGGUGGCCCGUGUCGGCCUCAUUGUGCUUGGCCUCUGCUGCUGUCUGUUUCUGUUUUACCUGCUGGCCUGUAAGCCUGCAACCCACAGCAGCCAGCAAUCCCCGCUGUGGUCUGGAGGGGCCACCAGUAAGGAGGGAUACAUGGCCUUGUUGCAGGAGAGGGAGGACUCCCACAGACAUUACAUCAACAGCCUGACAAAGCAGAUAGCUCAGCUGAAGGAGGCUCUCCAGGAGAGGACGCAGCAGCUUCAGGAGUCGCUGGAUAAAGCAAAAACAAAAGGGAUUCUGCCUCUGGGUCUGGACAGUCUGCACAAAGCCCCGACACAGUCUGACCUGAAGGAGUUCUUCCGCUCCCAGCUGAACCAGGCAGAGGUCAACUCAGGUGUGAAUCUGCCCAGCGAAUAUGCAGUGAUACCUUUUGACACUUUCAACCUGCGGAGAGUGUACCAGCUGGAGACGGGGCUGACCAGGCACCCGGAGGAGAGACCUGUGAGGAAGGACUGCAGGGACGAGCUGAUAGGCACCGUGGAAACAGCUCUGCAUGUCCUCAAUGGACCUCAGCAACACACAGAUAACACUAGACGGAAGCACACAUACUCUCCUUCAGAUUUCAUAGAGGGGCUGACUCGUACAGACAGGGGCAAAGGAACUGUUUACGAGUUGAUGUUUAAAGGCGACGGCUCUCAGGACUUCACGCAGCUGGUGCUCUUCAGGCCGUUUGGCCCCGUGAUGAAGGUGAAGAGCGAGAGGGUUGACACACGCAGCAUGCUCAUCAACAUCAUCGUACCUCUUUCCAAGCGGGCCGACACAUUCAGGCAAUUCAUCAGCAACUUCAGAGAAGUGUGCAUCAAGCAGGACGGCAGGGUCCAUCUCACUGUGGUCUACUUUGGUCGUGAUCAGAUUGACCAGGUGAAAGCUAUGCUGGACCAGACCACCAGGGAGACUCGGUUCAGGAGCUUCACUUUGAUCCAGCUGAAUGAGGAGUUUUCUCGUGGGCGGGGCUUAGAAGUAGGCGCCAGGGCCUGGAGGCGGAGCCAGAAUGUGCUGCUCUUCUUCUGCGAUGUUGACAUCCACUUCACUGCUGACUUCCUAACUUCCUGUCGCCUCAACGCGGAGCCUGGUAAGAAAGUUCACUAUCCAGUGCUCUUCAGCCAGUACAACCCAUCUAUCAUCUACAGCAAUCAGACUCUUCUACCUUCUGUUCAACAACAGCUGGUGAUCAGGAAGGAAACAGGUUUCUGGAGAGACUUUGGGUUUGGAAUGACAUGCCAGUACAGGUCUGACUUCAUGAACAUAGGUGGUUUUGACCGUAGCAUCAAAGGUUGGGGCUUGGAGGACGUGCACUUGUACAGGAAGUACCUUCACAGUAAGCUGAUGGUGAUUCGCUCUCCGUCUCGUGGCCUUUUCCACCUGUGGCACGAGAAGAGCUGCGCAGAUGAGCUUCCUCCAGACAAGUACAAGAUGUGUAUGCAGACCAAAGCCAUGAGCGAAGCCUCGCACGGCCAGCUGGGGGAGCUGUUCUUCAAACCAGAGAUUGAGGCUCAUUUGAACUCCCAGAAGCAGAUAAACGGAUGAACAUAGAGAACAAUUGUUGGAGAUGCUGAUGAGAUAAUGUUAUUAGUCACUGUGAUGCAUGUUCUGGUUUUUAUGAUAAUUUAUGUUUACUUACCUUAAUGUAAAUCUGCCCAGGAGACUAAAGACAAAUUUACUUGGGACUUGUGCAGAAGCAAAACAAAUACUGUUUGAUUUUAUUAUUUGUUAAUAAAAAGAACUAUCUAUAUGUGUUAAUUGUAUAUUCUUCUGUCUGUAGAAAAGUAAUUGAGGGAAAGCAGCAAGAAAAAAUCAAAACUUUGAUCAGUUUGUUUAAUAGUUUGUGUUUUAAUGUGGUUUCCUUAUGGCAGUGAUUCCCAAACUUUUUCAUGUCCGGCUGAAGCUGAAAAAAUCCUCAUGUGGUUGAUAUUUAUUUCCUAUUUAUCAGCUGGUAACAUUACUGAGGAAACUAGAAACAAAAAGGUAGAAUUUUAUUGAAAUAACAUUAACAAGAACAUUCUCAGUAGUCUAAAAAAUACAAAUUAAACUUUUUUCAAAUUGCCAAACUGACAGCUACACUGAUUUAGAUUUGACUGAUGUGUUUGCUUGACGAGCAUCACAAGUUUUUCUUCUCUUCCCUGUCAAAAGUGUGAGGUCAUCAAAGAUGUCUUGUUUCUUUAUCGCUCAAAUUAAUCAGCGUCAUAGAUCCUUUUCACAGCAGAUAUUUUGACUUGUCACAGCAGGAAAAUCACAGAUAAUUAGUAACAUUUUAAGUCAAUAAGAUUAAUGAUGGUUCUGUUGAAGCAGAUAAAGGAUAGUUUCACAAUUUUCCAAAUCUGUCUCAAAACAAUAGUCAGUAGCCCAAAUGAUCAUUGACACCCUUUUUACUUUUUACAGUCUUUUUUAGUAAAACAUUCCCUCUUUGUGUUUCCUCUCUUCGGCUGCAAUGGAAGGGCUGCAACAAAAAGAGGGACUUUGGCACUAAAAAGACUGUAACAUUGAAAGAUAUGCACUUUAUUUGACCAACUCAGACGG